GCCCCAGGCUUCUCGGGGCUACAUGACAUCAGAGAACAAGCAGAAGAGGAGUGACAUUGCAGAUUCCCGAGGCGCUGCAGUGGGAUGUUGGCUCGGUGUGAGUGGCUGUGAUAUAUGGGAUAGGCAAGGAACAGUCUUCCAGCUGUUCCAUGCAAACAGAAUAAAGGAAUGGCAAAGAUGAUUCCCCCUUUUUUUUUUUCCUUCCUAAAAAACAUUACCAGCAAAAUACAUUCACAAAGCCUUUUUUAAGGUGCUUUUUGCCAGCUUUUGAACUGAAUUUGUGCCAGUAUCUCAAGCCCUGAAUUGUAAGAAGAGCUGAGAGUUCUGGAGCUCAUUUUUAAAAGUAGAUCUACCAAGAUUCUAGGACGUCCGUUUCUGUUACUGGCUCCUUCUUGUGCUUGGAUGCCACCCCCUUAGCAUGCACCAGACUUUAGUGUCACAGGUACCUGGGGGAUGGAGCCAGUCCAGAACGGCUCAGGUGAUGUAUCACCAAUCAGUAUGUCUCCCAUCAGUCAGUCUCAGUUCAUUCCACUUGGGGAAAUCCUUUGCUUGGCCAUCUCGGCAAUGAACUCAGCAAGAAAACCUGUUACCCAAGAAGCACUCAUGGAACACCUGACAACGUGUUUCCCAGGUGUUCCAACCCCAAGCCAAGAAAUCCUGCGGCACACACUGAACACGCUGGUACGGGAAAGGAAAAUCUAUCCGACUCCAGAUGGCUAUUUCAUUGUGACCCCACAGACUUACUUCAUAACUCCUUCCCUCAUAAGAACUAACAGUAAAUGGUACCAUUUGGACGAGAGGAUACCUGACAGGUCUCAGUGUACCUCUCCACAACCCGGAACCAUAACGCCCUCUGCCUCAGGCUGCGUCAGGGAAAGGACAUUACCCAGAAACCACUGCGACUCUUGCCACUGCUGCCGAGAAGACGUGCACAGCAUGCACGCAUCGACUCUGCAGAGGAAACCCGCCAAGGACUGCAAAGACCCUUACUGCCCUCCUUCACUAUGCCAGGUGCCACCCACUGAAAAGAGCAAAAGUACUGUAAAUUUUUCUUAUAAGACAGAAACUCUCUCAAAACCUAAAGACAGUGAAAAGCAGUCAAAAAAAUUUGGGCUCAAGUUAUUCCGGCUAAGUUUUAAGAAAGAUAAGACCAAGCAACUAGCCAAUUUCUCUGCUCAGUUUCCUCCCGAGGAGUGGCCCCUGAGGGACGAGGACACGCCAACCAGUAUCCCUCGGGAAGUGGAGAUGGAAAUCAUUCGGCGUAUUAACCCUGACUUGACUGUGGAAAAUGUCAUGAGGCACACAGCGCUGAUGAAGAAACUUGAAGAAGAAAAAGCACAUAGGAGUAAAGCGGGAUCCUCUGCUCACCAUAGCGGAAGAAGUAAAAAGAGUAGGACUCAUCGGAAGUCCCACGGGAAGUCCCGGUCACACAGCAAGACACGAAUAUCUAAAGGAGACCCUUCAGAUGGCUCACAUCUGGAGAUCCCUGGUGAAAGAGAGUAUGACUUUUGUGACCCUCUGACCAGGGCGCCCAGGGAGGGCUGCUUCAUCAUUGAACACAAAGGAGAUAACUUCAUCAUGCAUAGCAACACAAAUGUGAUUGAGUCCCAUUUCCCCAUGACACCAGAAUGGGAUGUGUCUGGUGAAUUGGCCAAAAGGAGAACUGAGAUGCCUUUUCCAGAACCUUCCAGGGGAAGCUCCCACUCAAAAGUACACCGAAGCCACAGCCAUACCCAGGACCGAAGGUCCAGGAAUGAGAGAUCCAACAAAGCCAAGGAGCGAUCCAGAUCGAUGGAUAACUCCAAAGGUCCCCUGGGUGCUUCUUCUCUAGGCACACCUGAAGACCUGGCUGAAGGCUGCAGCCAAGAUGACCAGACCCCCAGCCAGUCCUACAUCGAUGAUAGUACUUUAAGGCCUGCACAGGCUGUUGGCCAUCAAAGGGCUCACAUUUCGUCCACAAGCUAUAAAGAGGUGUGUAUUCCUGAAGUAGUCGGUGGUGGCAAGGAAUCUUCCAGUGCUUGUAGCCUUUUGGAGACAGGCAAACCCCCCGAGAGUUUGCCAUCCUAUGGUGAACUCAACUCUUGUCCAACAAAAACAGCCACAGAUGACUACUUCCAGUGCAACACCUCUAGUGAGACAGUGCUCACAGCACCGUCACCUCUGGGAAAGAAUAAGGAGGACCAUGACACACUGACUCUGGUGGAAGGGGUGAAGAAGUUGUCUCCAUCUGAUAGGCAGAACCCUCAUUCCUCCAGGGAGCCUGCUGGGCACAAGGAAGAGUCCCCAAAAGGACCAGGUGUGGGCCCUGCCACUUCGGGUGGAGUGGCUGAAGGGAUUGCUAAUGGACGCCUGGUCCAGCACCAUGGCACUGAGCCCAGCAGCCUGGAUAAGAGGAAAGAGAUAUUCAGCAAAGACACACUGUUCAAACCUCUUCACGGCACCUUGUCUGUAAACAGCUAUCACAAAUCGAGCCUGUCCCUCCUCAAAUCUCACCCGAAGACACCUGCCGACACAAUGUCAGGCCGAUGCGAGAAACUGGAAUCUUCCCUGGGGACCUCGGCAGCACAAGCCAUGCCUGCCUCUCAGCGUCAGCAGGAGUCAGGAGGGAACCAGGAAGCUUCCUUUGACUAUUACAAUGUCUCCGAUGAUGAUGACUCUGAGGAAGGGGCGAACAAAAACACAGAGGAGGAGAAAAAUAGAGAUGAUGUAGGCACCAUGCAGUGGCUCCUAGAGAGGGAGAAGGAAAGAGACUUGCAGAGGAAAUUUGAGAAGAACCUCACCCUCCUUGCCCCGAAAGAAACCGACAGCAGCAGCAACCAGAGAGCCACCCAUUCAGCCCGGCUUGACAGCAUGGACAGCAGCAGCAUCACUGUGGACAGUGGAUUCAACUCUCCACGUACUCGAGAGAGCCUGGCUUCCAACACAUCAAGCAUUGUUGAAAGUAACCGUCGUCAGAAUCCUGCUUUGAGUCCAGCCCACGGUGGAGCUGGUCCAGCCUUCAACUUCCGCGCCAAUACGGAUCCCCCGACCAGUGAAGCUGAGAAAUUACAGAAACCAUCCAACUGCUUGCAAGCUUCUGUUACUAGUGUGUGAUAGUCCUUCUGCCUCAGAUCUUCUGUCUCAUUUGAUACAGCAAAGUUUACGACACUGGGACUGAUGUUUACAUCUUCAGAAAGACAAGCAUCUCAGGCACAGUUUUGGGGUUUACUUAAACUGUGCCGCUAAGUAGGCUAGGGCAAAAAAAAAAAUCUUUAUUUCAGAGUAUUGCUUUUCACAUUUAUGGCUCUGUAGCGAUCGAAUAGCAGUAGGGGUGAUAUGUAUACUUUUGCUUCACUAAUUGUAUCUGAGCACACAUAGGAAAGUCUAGACACUGUAAGUGGAGUAUGCAUUUUCAAUGUCAUGCAGUUGCCAAUUCCAUUUUAAAAUGCCACAGAUGCGUGUUGCUCCCAGUUUGUGGUUAAAUGGGGCCACAGAACUGAUCCUUGACACUUAAAAAAAAAGAAAGAAAGAAAAUCCCCCAAGCCACCACCAAAUGUUAAAUGCAAGGGUCCACCCUGAGGGAAUUCAAUGCCAAACUGACCAGAAGGGACCCAGUCCUUUGUGUGUGACUCGUUUAUGCACCAGUCAUUUUUCACUGUGAGUUUUUGUGACACUAUUUUCCAGGAGCCCAUGGAAGUGUGUCAGAAGGGUCGCGAUGGAAAGACUGGGAUAUAUUCAAGAUUUUGCUUUCAAAUGUAACAGAUGCUUGUCUUGGUUUUUAACUUUCCAUAAUUACGAACAGGAAUAUAGGCCUUUGAAUCUGAAGUGGACAAAGGAAGGGAAUUUCUAGUCUGGCCAGGGCACACCAGUAAGUGAUAGAAGAGGUAAUGUGGACUUUUAAAAGAUUAUUAGUCAAAUAUUGAAGGAAGAUGAUUUCCUCCUUGUAAUACUUACGAUCCUAUCUUACUAUAAUAGAUAUAAUAAUUAGUUUGUUUAAAAGCAAAAUGUUCUUUGUGAUACAAAUGAAGAGUAUGGCCUGAGGAUGUUAUUCUUUCUAAUGGAAGGAUAUAAAUCUAUUUUAUGUAGUUUUAAAUAGAAUGCCUAAAUUAGGCUGUGGAAGAUAAUUUUUAGUGGUUAUAGGAAAGAGCAAAUUUAGGGAGAGUUGAACUUCGGGCCUUUUAUUCCUGGGAAGGUAUCUAUAGAGAAGACUUUUAAAGUAAUUUUUGAUUAUAAAUAUACAUGUGCCCAUGUAGGAAACAACAGAAUGUGCUCAUUCUGCUAAUGUGGUAUAAUCAUAAUUUGUACUCCCCUAAAAUCUAUUGUAAUAACAAUUAUGCAUACAUGAACUAUGCCAGAGUAAUGUUUACAGAUACUUUGUAACCAAUUUCAGGAGGCUUUUUUUUUAAGGUGGAUGUAUAGUAAUUAGCCCAACUAAUUUCAAGAUGGUUUGUUAACAUUUUUACUUUGUUUUACAAUGUCACGUUGAAUACAAAGAAGGCUCAACAGCAAAGGGAUUGUGAACAUUAAUGCUUCUGUUUUAGAGGAAAGAGACACCCCUAUGUUUUAUUUUCUGAGAAUAAUGGAAUACACCUGUAGGUAAUGGAAAACAGUUUGCAAAAGGGUUACAUGUGACCCAGGUAGUGGUCUGACAGAAAGUUGUAUUUAAUUUUAAGAAGCAUGUGCUAGUUGGAGCCAUACACCAUAAAUUAUA